AUGUCGCGGUCCGCAGUCGUCUUCUUUGCGUUCGCGAUCGCCUUCUCGUCGGCCGCAGCAACAGCCCAACCGCCCGAAGCCCGUAAGAUCGACACCGGUGUCGGCGGUGACUUCCGCGUGGUGUUCAAAGUGUUCCAGGACUGCUCCAAGUCGCAGUUUGGACCAUGUAUCAAGCACAAACUGCUGACUGCUCUGGACCGGAUCAACGAACAACCGGAGAUGGAACUGUUCGACGGCGUCCGGCUGGUCAAAGACCCUGGCGCUCAGAACGACGUCGUCCAGGACCUUUCAUCGGCCCGAUCCGCUGGAGACGACGAGACCACCAGCCUGGAUACGCUGGUCAUCGACAAGGUGAUGAACUUUUUCAAGUCCCGUAGCCUCCAGUUCAAACUGCUAGAUAACGAAUCCCGACAAAUGGCCGAUGGUCGCAAGAAGAGCAACAAGUACAACUCGCUGCUGAUGUACCCGUUCAUGAUGGGCGGCAUGACCAUACCGCUGGCGUUCGGCGUGCUCGCCCUGUUGGCCGGCAAAGCCCUGAUCAUCGCCAAGCUCGCGUUGGUCCUGUCGGCCAUCGUGGGUCUGAAGAAGCUGUUCACGGACGACCACGGCAGCAGCCACGAGUACGUCACGCACGGCAGUGGCCACUACCGCAGGAGCCUGCCGGGCGAGCCGAUCGCCGCGGCCGCGUCCAACAUGGCGUACAGCUCGUACAUGCCCGUGUACGAGGAGCCCGUCCGGAGCACGACCAUGAACGCGAUCCCCUUGUGAAAGGGUCGACCGGGAUGUACUAACGCGCCGUUCCGUCGGGGAUAACGCUGCGCCAUCGUACAACAACGUCGUACUACUAUAUUAGUAUUGUUCGUAUUGUAAUCGUUGUUGUAUUAAUAUUAUCGGUGCAUUGUAUUGCGCGUGCGUGUCUUCCGUUGUGUCGCUUAUUUAAUUUAUUAUCAUUACACGUAUUGUAUUAUUUAUUGUUUGAUGUACGAAUAAACUCGAUCGGGUUUCUUCUAUUC